AUGAUUCAGUCAAUCCAUGAUGCUGACAAGCCUGCUCCAAGGGGCAAGAAACAAGAAAUGGGGAAAGACAAGAAGGUGGUCAAAGGGGUGAAAGGCCCUUCUCCUAAAAAGAGAAAACCCACGAAGGCAGCCCAAUCACCUCCACCAAAGAAGAGGAAAACCCAGCCCAGGCGAAAAAUCAUUCUUGCCUCUUCCUCCAGUGAUUCAGAGGAUGAGGGUUCAGACUCAGAGGAGUCGUUUCGUGGUGACACGCCUCCUCGCUCGCCUUCACCUGAGGUACCAGUUUCAACCAAACUUGCUUCUCCUCCCCCAAUCUCUAUCUCUAUUUCCAUUCCCCCCAUAACCUCCACUUCUCAUAUUCCACCCACUUCUAUUCCCAUACCACCUCCUAUUUUCUCAGACGCUACAACAACAACUGCUGAAGUUCGAACCAACAUAUAUGAUAUGGGGGCUCGCACUUUAGCACCCAAACACACACCUGCAAUCGAACCCACCUCCAAACCCGAACCUACUACCACAACCGAACCUCCACCUUCGCCUUCAUCUCCAAAUCACUCAGCAGAUACCGAGACUUUUCUUGGAGGGGAAGACAUGACCUUCGAUUCUGUCUACUACAGCCCCUACCAGGUUCAAAGCGAUAAUGACGAUGAUGCUCCUGUCACUAAAAAGGAACUUAAUGAGAAACUUGAUAAUUUCAUCGCUUCCUCUUCCUCUCGGUCCAAUAUCUCAGAGGCUGCUAUUUAG